UGACCGCACCCACCUCUUUGCACUUCGAAAGUCCUACGUCCGCCGAUAUACCCUGCAAAUCAAACCUUUUCCCACAUCAUCGAACGCCAUGUCUACCGCUGCUCGUCGCCGACUGAUGCGAGACUUCAAGCGCAUGCAAACGGAUCCUCCUGCUGGCGUCUCAGCUUCACCUAUAGCCGAUAAUGUGAUGACCUGGAACGCAGUCAUUAUCGGGCCUGCGGAGACUCCAUUUGAAGAUGGAACCUUCCGCCUGGUAAUGCACUUUGAGGAGGCAUAUCCAAAUAAACCGCCAGGCGUUAAGUUCAUCAGCCAAAUGUUCCAUCCGAACGUGUAUGGCACCGGCGAGCUUUGCCUUGACAUCCUACAAAACCGCUGGAGCCCAACAUACGACGUUGCUGCCAUCUUGACAAGUAUUCAAAGCCUACUCAACGACCCAAACACCUCCUCGCCCGCAAACGUUGAAGCGUCAAACCUAUACAAAGACAACCGCAGGGAAUACACGAAGCGCGUUCGCGAGACAGUGGAGAAGAGCUGGGAGGAUUGAAGCAACGCUUAGAUGAGCCAGAGUAGACUCUCUGGAUAAGCGGAUGGCUCGCAUCCCUGCUGACUGUGAUGGGUUUCUUCUCUGGAGUACAUGCGGCAUAUGGAGUAGCGGUUUAUACCAGUUCACGAUGUAUCUUAUUACAUGAUUACUUUGUGGUUCGGCACAGCGAGGCGUUUGGGAUUCAUUCAGUACUUUGGCCACGCUUAGCCCUAUGCUGGCCACCUUUGUGAUUUAUUACAUUCACUUGUGCAUAGCUAGCUGUUGGAUAG